AUGUGGUGCUACGCGCCGACCCUGGAAUCGCAGAAAGACCCGCCUCGGUGGGUUUUCCUCCUCAACGCGAUUGCAAUCCUGCUGUAUCAGACGCUGGACAAUAUGGAUGGAAAGCAAGCGCGUCGAACGGGAAGCAGCUCGCCCUUGGGUUUGCUUUUCGAUCACGGCUGUGACGCGGUAAACUCUCUAUUCGGAUCAGCGAAUUGGAUCGUCGCUAUGGCCUUGAAUCCCUUACAUGAUGUGUCGCUUUGUUUCGUUAUUCUUUUCGGACCUUAUGCAUUAUUUUAUGUUGGAACGUGGGAGGAAUAUCAUACAGGAAAGCUAAUUUUGCCGAUCGUGAACGGUCCAAACGAAGGGCUUAUUGGGGGAGCUUUGAUGAGCUUAACCUCAUACAUGUACGGUCCAACGUUUUGGCUGCAAAAUAAUUGGUGGAGCGAAGUUCUAGCACCGCUUCUGACGCCCAUUUUACCGUCGUUUUUAUUGACGAUUCUGCCAGAGUCGGGGCUUAGAAACGCUGAUUUACUUGUUCUGGCAUCUAGCGUCGGAUUCUUUCAAGAGAUUUCUUUCAAGAUUCUGCAUCUUCUUCAAUUAUACGGUGCUCAUUCUCCAUCUCUGCGCUACUCUAUUUGUGGAAAUGACGACGGACUUAAUGCUCUCUCAUAUGACGAAGGAACCAUAUAA